AACUGAAACAUCGAUUGUGACCAGUGAGCAUUCCACCACUCCUCACACAACAGCAACUUCAACAGCCAAGACCACUGGUUCCACAACUGAACGACCAAUCACAAAGUCUACAACACAAUCUUCUUCUGCAUCAGUGGAGACGACCAAAACUACGGAAUCCACAGUCUCACCUUAUUCACCGAAGGAAAGAUCAACCACCAUGGCAAGUACGAUGACUGUUCCAACUGCAACAUCAUCUCGUGUCACGUCAGUGCCCUCCACUCUGACAGCCUCAACUCAGCCUCCUCAGGGAACUGGGACAACAACCCAACCAACUACAGUUUCUUCCGAUGUUGAGCCUACAGAGACAGUGAACGCUACUUCUACCCCAAGCUCGACAUUGUCAUCAACUGAAACAACACAGUCAACUCUUGAGCAUUCAUCAAAAUCAACGAUUACGACUUCCAUCGCAGAAACCUCUUCAACUUAUAAAUCUACUACCUCAUUCAACCUUACUCAGAUUACUUCAGAAAUUCCAAGCACAAUAUUUACCACCAAAUAUAUCACUAAAACCCUGGGGACAACUGAGUCAUCUGUGAGGCCUCCUAAAACUACCCUUUCUACUGAACCUCCAACAAUAUUUCCAAACAUAACCACUCAAUUCACUUCAAAGUCUUCCCCUUGGACAUCUCUGGCAUCCAGCUUGGCCUCUGAACAUUCCGUUUCGCCCUCUGUGGGAUCAUCCACUUCAACAUUAUUCCCAGAUAUUGUUACUGGUAAAACUACUCGCCAUCCAACUGCACCUUCUGAACUACUCUCAACAACACCUACUGGCACCACUCCAUGUAUCUGUGUUGUAAAUGGCCAGUAUUAUCAACCUGGCGAAGUUAUUUUUGACAAGGAACACAUUGGAUCAAAUAUAUGUCUUACCAUGAUUUGCUCUGACGUUUGUGUGAUCCAAAACAAGACUGAAAGUUGCUGGACUACUCCGUCACCACCAACCACCCCAUCUGUGCCCACAUGCCCAGAAUGGGAAGUUGCGCAAAAUGAGACGUUCUUUUUGUGCAACUGCACCAUGGCAAGAUGCAUUGAGAACAAUAUUAUUGAGAUAAUCCCCUAUGAAUGCCCUCCAUUAAAUGAGAUCACAUGUGCUAACGGAGAUGAACCUGUUCUGGUGUAUGAUGAGUACCACUGCUGUGAAUAUUUCACAUGUAACUGUGAUUGUAAGGGAUGGGGGGAUUCUCAUCAUAUCACAUUUGAUGGGCAUUAUUAUAGUUACCAAGGAAACUGCACCUAUAUUCUGAUGGAAGAGAUUUUGCCAAAGUACAACUUGAAGAUUUACGUUGACAAUGUCUUCUGUGACCCCUUUGAAGAGGUUCCCUGUCCUCGAUCCAUUAUAGUAUCCUAUGGCUCAGAAGUUGUCACUCUAAAGAAUCAUAACGUAAUGGGAGUGGCUGUACUUGAGGCAGUGAAAGAUGGAGAUAAUUUGAAAUUGCCUUAUUCGAACCACGGAGUCAAAAUCUCAAAUACUGGACUUGCUUUACGCUUUGAGAUAGAAAAACUCGAGGUCAUCGUGGAUGUUGAGAUAUCUCGUUUUUCUGUCAAUCUGCCAGCCAAGUACUUUGGUGGAAACACGCAAGGCCAGUGUGGAACAUGCAACAACAAUCAAGCAGAUGAUUGCAUGUUGCCAGGAGGUCAACUGGUGCAAGACUGUGCCGCAAUGGCUGGUCACUGGCUUGUAAGGGACAUUUACCAGCCAAACUGCAUCGUACCAUAUAUGGUGCCCAGCAAACUGCUCCUUUCUCCUUCCCCAACUCCAUGUAGACCAAAUUCCAUGUGUGAUCUUCUCUGGAGCAGUGUUUUUGCAGAAUGCCAUCCUUUUGUGAACCCGAAGAAUUUCUAUCAGGGCUGUGUUUUUGACAGUUGCCAUGGUUCUGACCAGGCAAUUGAGUGCAUGAGUUUGCAGAUGUAUGCUUCGGUCUGUGCUCAGGCUGGGGUUUGCCUGCGGUGGAGGGACUACUCUCCACUGUGUGAGGUUGAAUGUCCACAAGGAAAAGUUUACAAUCCAUGUGGUCCGGCCGAACCAGCAACCUGUGAAGAUGGUCAGAAUGAACGAGCUGUGAUCUACAAAACUGAGGGCUGCUUUUGUCCCGAUGGAAUGAAACUCUUCAGUAAAGACUCUGGCAUAUGCGUGGAUAAGUGUGGAUGUCUGGAUCCAGAUGGCGUUCCUCGUGAGUUUCAUGAAACCUUCGAGUACAAAUGCCAAACCUGCACCUGUGAGGAGUCCACGAAGACUGUGACCUGUAAGCCGAAGGUUUGCCCUCCACCACCGAAAGCCAAUUGCGUUGAUCCAGGCUUCAUACUUGUCAAACGGAUAGAUCCAGAAAAUCCAUGUUGUUCUGCCUAUGUUUGCCAAUGCCACAGCAGCACGUGUCCUAGCACAAGCAUGAAUUGUCCAAUGGGCUAUUAUCCAGUCGUUUAUUAUCCAGAUGGGAAAUGCUGUCCGAAACAUAUAUGUGAGCCUAAAAAGGUCUGCAUCCACAAAACCACCGAAUACCAGCCUGGUGAUUUAGUCCAGGUGAAUCAUUGCCAGAAAUGCAACUGCAGCGACGAGGUGGAGCCUGGUUCUGGUUUACAUGAGAUCAGAUGCGAACAUCUCAAAUGUAAUGAAACCUGUGAGCAGGGGUAUAAAUAUGUGAAAACUGACUUGGACAAAUGCUGCGGGACAUGUGUACAGACACAUUGUGUCCUACAUCAUGACGGACACAAACGUGUCCUGCAGCUGGGGGAAUCCUGGACAUCACAUGAAAGGAACUGCGAAUACUACACCUGUGUCAAGAGUGGUGAGAAAUAUGAGGCCGUUCGGUCAAACAUCGUCUGUCCUCCAUUCCAGGAAAGCAACUGCCAACCUGACACAAUUCAAACUGCUUCAAAUGGCUGUUGUACCAUAUGUGUGGAGAGGGAGAAGGCUUGUAAGAAAGUCAUCAGGAAAAUGCGAAUAACACAGAACCGCUGCCAAAGUGCUCAUGAGGUUGACAUCCCUUACUGUGAAGGAUCCUGCAAUACUUUCACAAGAUACUCUGAAGUGGAAUCAGUGAUCCAACGUUCCUGCUCCUGCUGUCGGGAAACCCUCUCCAGAAAUCACACUAUAGAAUUGUUCUGUGAGAAUGGUGACGUUGUUCCUUACACAUACAUCAACGUGGAGGAGUGUCUCUGCAGCCCCACAGACUGCUCCAGACCAGCACCAGCAUCUCGCAAACGCAGAAGUUUUGCCAGAGUUUGAGACUCUCUCUGAACAGUAAUCUGAAAUGUAAUUCGUGUAGCACGCAAAAUCUAUCAAUUAUAUCAUGUCAAGUAGUUGAAUAAAGUAAGUAGCAAUUCAUCUGGAAGUGUGCGUUUCUUUUGUACGUUAAAAAUACAAACUUAAUACCCUUUGAGUCAUGUAUAAAGUGAUGUUGAUCCA